UUAAAGCGGCGUGCGUUGCAGUGUGACGUCAGGGCGUCGUCCCGGGCCCGCCCCAGCCAUGCGCGUUGGGCUUGUUGUUGGUUGAUUGUUAUGACUGGCCGAGGCCUCGGACUAAAUUAGGAGAGCACCCCCGUCGUCGCCCCUGGACACCCGCCAUGGAGGGCAUGGAUAUGGACCUGGACCCGGAGCUUAUGCAGAAAUUCAGCUGCAUGGGGACAACCGACAAGGACGUCCUCAUCUCCGAGUUCCAGAGGCUGCUGGGUUUUCAGCUGAACCCGGCCGGUUGCGCCUUCUUCUUGGACAUGACCAACUGGAACCUACAAGCUGCCAUAGGAGCGUACUAUGACUUUGAGAGCCCGAACAUCAAUGCCCCGUCAAUGUCAUUUGUGGAGGACGUGACGAUCGGAGAGGGGGAGUCUGUGCCCCCCGACACGCAAUUCACAAAAACGUGGAGAAUACAGAACACAGGAGCAGAGUCCUGGCCCCCGGGGGUGUGUCUGAAGUAUGUGGGCGGAGACCAGUUUGGCCAUGUGAACAUGGUAAUGGUUCGCUCACUGGACCCGCAGGAAGUGUCUGAAGUCAGCGUGCAGAUGCACAGCCCCACCGCGCCCGGCAUGUACCAGGGCCAGUGGCGCAUGUGCACAGCUACCGGAUUCUUCUUUGGGGACGUGAUCUGGGUGAUCCUGGGUGUGGAGGUAGGAGGCCUCCUGGGUGUGACGCAGCAGCUGUCCUCCUUCCAGACGGAAUUCAACACCCAGCCACACCGAAAGGUCGAGGGCAACUUCAACCCUUUCGCCUCGCCGCAGAAGAACAAGAACGCAGGGGAGGAAGACAACAGCCUCAAGGACCCUGGGGGCCCAUGGGAGCCUGCCCCAGACCAAAUCCAGGAAGAUCAAAACGGACUGUCUCACAACUCUGUAAAUAUAGCACCAAACAGUCUCCAAAACAACUUAUCACUAGUGACGUACAGUCAGGGUAUCCACGGUCCCUAUCCUUUUGGACAGUCUUAAAACACAGGUCAAUACAACAACUCCAGCAGCAACAAACCAACCCAACGUAUGCAUGUGUGAAUGCUGAAUUUAAAGGAGCGCUGUAUAUCGUUUUAAAAGAGAAAAUAAAAGAGACAAAUGUUUUUAAAAAAUGAAAAAGGAAGUUAUUGUCACAUGUAUAAUUUGAGAGAGAGAGAUUGUGAGAGAGAGAAAAAAAAAGCCAUUUAAAAAUGAUUUUGCCUAUGGAGCGAUUGUAGUUUUGAGCAGAUGUGUUAAUUGUAUUGUAUCUUGUUUCGUUCUGCUUUUCAUUCAGUGAUCGUGUAUACUUUAUGGGCAAGCUGUUGCGUGAAUCUCUUUUUUUUCUUUGUUUAAGCGCAGUAGCUGAUUUUGAAUGAGUGGUAUAAAAUCUAGCUGCACUGCCUGCCCUCUCGCAUGCAUUAUUUAAUAGGACUGUGGGAAAAUCAUACAUUUCACCAACAUAUACUGUUUGGUAUUUUAAAAACAUGGGCGAUUUUUAAAAAUGAAUUGCAAACAUGAAACAGGAACCCCCUAUCUCCACUCUCCCAUUAAAUCAUGCUUCUAAAAACCAAAGGGUACCUACCUGUUCUGCCAGCUGACAGAAAUGCAAAGCCUAAAUGCUUUAGGUGUCUGACAUGAAUAGCUGCUUUUUUUCCAGUAGUGCGCGCCAUUGCAUAAAUUCAUUACUCUUUCUGUUUUUUGGCUUUACCUACUGAAAUAACAUACGAGUAAUAUACUAUAUUAAUCUACAAACACCCCCGUCGUUUUUAAACUGCAUAUCUGUGCGAUCUGAUUUGCAUCCCUUUUUUAACUGAUAAAUACACUAUUUUUUAGAUUCUGAGCCUUACUGGUGCUUUCUUUUAUCACCCUCUUGCGAAUGGGAGUUUUGCAUUGUCGCAGUUGAGGUAUGUGAGUGCUGUACAGAAUAAAAAGUUUUUUUUUGUGUGUAGCAGCAAGCCUUGUGACACUGUGUGCAGUGCAGAAUUACCUUGGGGACACAAACCGAGGCUGCUAAUGUAAGGUUAGCUUUUUUUAAAAAAAGAGUGGUCCUUCUAACAACACUACUUAGAGCACUAGUGGCUUUAUACGUGUUCCAUGAUGGCUUGCGUGGCCCCUGGUCUGAUUCAAGCCGUCCUCGUUGCACACUGUGCUGUGCCACCAAAAUGCGUUCAAUAAAAACACUGCAGCAAAGAUUCUGUGUAAACGGGAGCGCUUUUUUUUCAUUGUUUUUGUUUUUUUGAAAUCCAGCAUUGUGUGCAAGUGAAAGGCGCAGCAAUGGAACCUGUGUGUGUUGGUUUUUUUUUUGGGGGGGGGGGGGAGUUGCACGGUUUCAGGUUUAUAAAGGGUAUCCACACUGAAUUUCUAGGUACACUCUUAAGGUUCAAGGGCAUGUGUUGGUAAGUGGAGACGUGUUCAUAGGCUCAACUACACGUUUUUAAAGGCAAAGUGUUGAAGAGAAAAAAAAAAGCGCCCACUUUUGGUUGUUUUUAAGUGACCAUAAAGCCAUAUUCAGCAGCUAUGAUCAGGUGUACAGUAACUCCUGUUUUUAUUAAACGUUUAUAUUUUUCUCGUGCAUCAAAAAUGGUUGCACGGUACUAGAAGAGGCCGCGGUGAAGGAGUGUAACGGAGGCUGUGUUGAGGUUUGCAGGGACGAUGGUGGGCUCGCUCGCUCACUAGUCACUGGAUGGAUCACCCUCAGGUGUGCCUCUCCGUUAACGCUUCUACAGCCUUGUAAACCACACUGGAAGAACUGACAAGAGCUGGCAGUUUUUCUUAUUGUUAGGCCAAUGCUGUCUUCUGUGUGCAGCUUCAGGUGGCAUUCUGGUUCAAACGUGGCUCUAUUUGGAACAAAGACUGACAGUUGUGUCAGUGGUGGUUUUGCUUCUAAUUAAAAAAAUUCGGCUCGGCUAAGACUGCCAAACUCAUUUCAUUUGGGAACUGAGAUGAGCUGCAGCCCUAGGCUGACCGACUGACUGACUGUUUUGUUUCACAGACCCCAGCUGGGUAAGAUUAGACGAAAUCGAUGUUGACUGUAAAAAGAUUUUGUUUUUAUUUGUAUUCAGUGACUGAAGCUUUUGACACAAUACAACACAAGCUCAACACGCAAUCCAUGCAAGGAUCCGAUACAUUUACAAAUCGGUAGAACCAAUACAAAAGUUUUGAAAAGUACUGUUUGGUUCUGUACGCUGUUUUUACAGAGUUUGCAUCUACCUGUUCAUUUAAGAGUUCUGUUUCAUGGUGGCUCAGUUGUCACUGCCUUUGGCUGGUAACUGAACAGAGUUUGAAGAUCUUCAAUGUAACAAGACACCCUGCACUGAAAAUCGUACAGACUAACCUUUUCUGUUCUCUCAGCCGUCUGGUUUGAGCCUGGCAUUGCAGUCAGCGUUUUUUUCCCAUUUUAGCUGGGUCAGUGUUCGAAGCCAGAUUUUAAAUGGAACCACAGGUGCUACAAAACUGCAAUAAAGAAAAUCGUUCAACCUGAAAUGUAUUUUAUAUUUAUUGAGGUGAAGAAAGUAGUGUAAGAUGUCCUCAUAUUUCUUUAAGUCAUUGUUUGCAUAUUUUUUAAAUGCAUGUCGGUUUAAUGUUUUUUUUUUUUUGAAAACUAGAAGUUGUUUAUUGCCAACAAUCGCACAGUAAUCCAGUUGUUCUUGUCGGUUUUACGUUGUUUAAUCAUGCUCUUCAGUCAGUUUUGCAUUCUAUUUAUUUUUCAUAACUUUUAAGCUUAACCACAAACCUACUCGUCCCCUAAAGUAUACACUGUCCUGCCUUUUGUUUUAUUGUACCAUGUUCCUUGACCUUGGUUUGUAUUUCCGUGCGAGUGUUUUUCUGUGUUGGGGUGAGUGUAUAUUGAGCAGGGUGGCAUGAUGGGUGAGUCCUGAAGUCUGAGUAGAGUCCUAUGAUAGCACAUUUAAAAAAAAAUA